AUGGAGAACGACGAUGUCACUAGAAUGCGCAGAUUGAACAGAGAAUUUCAUGAAAUCCACGAUUUUAUCGAUAAGUCUGAGAUGAAGAUGUCUAUUCUGAAGCUCCGGGGCCAAAUGUGGAAGGUGAUCAUUCAUGGGCCUCCGGGAACGAUUUUCGAAGGGAAGAAUCAAACCUUCAUUGUCCAGUUUCCCGAGGGCUAUCCGUUCGAUCCUCCGAUGAUUUAUACUGCAGAUGAAGACAUUCGACUUCCUUUUCUUCUUGGAGGAAAUGUCGCGCCGUUCAAGAUUCUCAGUACAAACUGGUUUCCCGCAUGUCCGAUUUCCCUGCCUAUUACAGCACUCUACUACCAUUUCAUCAUCAAUGGAAAAGCUAAAAGCGAAAACGACGCCUCGACCACGAAGGAAGAAGCUUUUCUAAUGAAACCAAUCGAGAUUCCGAAGAUCGCAUUCGAGGCUUUCAUAAAGACCGUCGAAAAACGCGUCAAAGCAGGAACACUUUCAGAAAAACGAGCGAAAAAUCCACUCGGCAUUGUAAAGAAUCUCGCCAAAAAAGCUGAGAAUGACAAGAAAAAAAUCGAGGAAAAGAAAAUCAAGGAAGAGAAAACAACUGAUGACAACAACAAAAUUGACGAGGAGCUGGAAAAGCUGCAUGAGCGAAAAAGAGUGCUCGAGGAACAAAUCAGAAACUGCGACAAGAAAAUUUCUCAUUACGAAAAGCUCUGUAACUCUGCCUAA